UUUCUUCUUUGUUUGAGUGUUUGCAGCCCUUCGAAAAACUCAAUCCGGGAACCGGAAACGUUCCCCUGGUCUUCAGUUUCUCUACGUAGGUUGCACCGAAACACCAGAAACAUGGCUGAUGUCGAUGAUGGAACGAAGAAGAAGAGGACCUUCAGGAAGUUCACCUUCCGGGGUGUGGACCUCGACCAGCUUCUGGAUAUGCCAGCUGAGCAGCUCAUGGAGCUGAUGCAUGCUCGUGCUAGGAGGAGGUUCACCCGUGGUCUUAAGCGCAAGCCCAUGGCUUUGGUCAAGAAGCUGCGCAAGGCCAAGAAGGAGGCUCAGCCCAAUGAGAAGCCCGAUGUUGUGAAGACUCACCUGCGCAACAUGAUCGUUGUCCCUGAGAUGGUCGGAUCCAUUGUGGGUGUGUACAACGGUAAAACUUUCAACCUGGUUGAAAUCAAGCCCGAAAUGAUUGGACACUACCUGGGUGAAUUCAGCGUAACCUACAAGCCUGUCAAGCACGGAAGACCCGGUAUUGGUGCCACCCACAGUUCUAGGUUUAUUCCUCUUAAGUAAGGUCUCAAAAUUUGUGUGCUCUUUAAAAUCUUUAAUAAAUGUUUUGAAGAAGCAUA